AUGACCGAACCCGAACCCAACAGCACUCCGCUUUCCGAACCCGUUGAAGAGAAGCCACAAGUGGAGAGGAAAGUUUUAGCUAAUUUGGUGCAAGGGAGAGUCAAGUGGUUCAACGUCCGGAACGGAUACGGCUUCAUAAAACGAAAUGACACCGAAGAAGAUGUGUUUGUACAUCAGACUGCCAUCAAGAAAAACAACCCGAGGAAGUUCCUCCGAAGCGUCGGCGAUGGCGAAGUGGUAGAGUUCGACGUCAUCGAAGCGGUCAAGGGUUCGGAAGCGGCUAACGUAACCGGGCCUGGCGGAGUACCCGUCAAAGGCAGUCGCUACGCACCCAACAAGCGGCGUUUCCGACAGCGGUUCAUCCCAGCCCCUGCCGAAGACCAACCGCCCGGCGGUGACGACGAUGAGAAACGCGCCGACAACACCGAACCGCGGCAGCAGCGCCAGAGGCCUCGCCGACCCCGGCCGGAACCGCAAAAAGAUGAAGAUGGCAAGCCAAAAGACCCAGAAAGCGAUCAAACGGCAAGACGGCCGCGACGUGGGUUCUGGUGGCUGAAUCGCAGACCAAUCCGUCGGUGGCCUGCUUCGGACGUGAAGAGGGAAGAGAAGCAGGAGACAAGUGUGCCGGAGAAGCAGCAGGAAUCGUCAGAAAACGACGACUCCUCCAAGCAGCAGCGGCGGCGCCAACGUGGACGCCGCCGGCAGAAGAACUCUGAGUCGGGAGUCUCCAAAAAUGGUACUGAGAAACCCGCCUCGGAAUCCGUUGCGCCUACUCAGGCAUCCAAGGCCGACGAGAAAGCCAAAUCCCCAGAGCGCUCUGUUAAAAGCUCACCCAAAUCAACACAGACUCUCGACACAAGCCUCCCCGCACCGACGGAGUGA